AUGGCCUUACCUGUCGACAUUCUAUAUUCUAUAUUCGACCAUCUUGCCCACGAUAGAUGUACACUGCGAGCAGGAUCUAUCACCACCAAGGUCCUCACAGCACAUUGCCAACGGUAUCUCUUUCGAUCAGCAUCUUUCGAUCUAGAGGUUGGCCCAAUCCCAAAGUUUGCUCAAGCACUGGAGGAGAAGCCUAUCCUAGGCACCUAUGUGAAGGAUUUUGGAGCUAUAUUCCCUGGGAGCUAUGUGGACCUACAUCCGGGGGACGAUGGUCGGAAUGCUAUCGAAUUCCUUGCUCGUGUACUCUCCCGCCUCACGGAAUUGGAAAGCCUGCGGUUAGAAUCUACAUACGAUGGAGAGAGAAUCCAAGAAGCUAUCCACCGUUCUGAAAGCCUUUUCAGUCCCAUAACCUCUCGCAAUCUUCGGAAGAUUGAACUCGUCGGAAUGUGCAUCCAUAUCCCAACCUCCGGACUCGGGAGGUUCCAAAAGCUCGACACCCUCGCUCUCAUCGAAUGCCGACCGUGGACUUUAUCAAUGGGCGAUCCAGGGGAAAUGCUCAAAAUCGGAGAGUUGGUAUACGAAGGCGACCGAGCCUAUCUCGACUCGGUCGUCACUGCCCUCGAGCCUAGUUCGUUCCGCCACUUCCACUUUGCUUCCAACAUCCUCUUGGACCGACUCAUGGCAAUCGAACUUUUGUCGAGAUCUGCCAUGAAUCUGACUUCGUUCACAUAUGCGGUGCCUGGAUGGUCCGCGGGCGGAUUACAUACAGACGAUUCUGGAUUUUCGUUCUUCGCCCGACAGAACAUCCCGGUUCUAUCCUCCCUUGGAGCUCUGAAGACUUUCAAGUUUCAAGUCCUCGGGGAUGACCUAAACGACGACCUAGCUUACACCGGGACGCAGUACACAACUCUCCCCGAAUUCAUCGUCUCCUCCCUCACCAGCGAUGCCGUCGCCGCCAUCCCCAACCUCACUACUCUCGAGAUCAGGAUUAUGUCUUUGUGGAACAUGGUACUUUUUUACCGGCUAAACAAGUAUUGGAAGCAAAUCGAGGAGCAUCUCCUCGAUCACCCACUCCCUCGCUUGCAGACACUCCGAAUUCACUUGAACUUGAGCGAAGAGUGGAAGAAACAGGAAGGGUUCGAUGAAGGGAAGGUGUACACGUACACGAGGGACGCGGUGCAGUUGGCGUUUGGGAAGUUGGAGCGGAAGGGUAUUGUCGUGGAGGUGACGACAGAUUUUGAUCAGGACUACUGGAGGCGGCAUUACUCCUCGUAA